AUGUUGCAAACGGGUGACGCUCGAAUUGGUUUGGAUGGGCCAACUGUGACAGCGGAAGACGGAUUCUUAACAAAAGUGAUGACCAGUUCGAUGGACGUAAGGAAAGUUAUUGCCCUGAUUGGUGCAUUCUAUUGGACUGUGAUGACUAUUUUUGUUGUUCCCGGUAUUAUCGCCGCAACGUUCCUUACCGUGAUGGUACCUGCUCUUUGUAUCAGCGUCUCAUGGUUUAACUGGCUUGAUCACAAGCUUUGCCGUAUGGUAAACGAUCAUUGGAGUUCGGCUAUACAAAUUGCAGGUAUUAAUAUUGUGGAGUACGGCGAUGACAUUUCCAAGCUCUCCGAAAAACGGGUUUUAUUUCUUGCUAAUCAUUUGGGUCUUGCUGAUCAUUUCGUGAUUAUGUCAGCAUUACGAAACAAAGGAACUAUUGUUGAAAGGUAUCUUUGGGUAAUAUAUAACAUAUGGAAAAUGACACCACUGGGUAUGAUGUGGAUUAUCCAUGGCAAUUAUUUUGUUGAUGGUGGUGCUGCAAAACGAAACCAAAUGAUAGAGGAUUUCAAAACACAUUUGAAAAAGAAUUAUUGGAAAUAUGAUUAUCGAUGGAUUAUUAUGUACCCGGAGGGAGCAAGACUAUAUCGGAUCAAAGAAAGUAAUGUUCGAUACGCAGCUCGGGAAGGCUACAAGAUUUUCCGGCAUUGUGCACUACCACGUACUGGCGCUGCUCAUGCUGCUAUCGAAAUAACAACUGGUAGCAGUUGUGCAGUCGUUGAGGAUACCGACAAUUCACUCGAAUACAUCGUUGAUUGUACCUUGGGAUACCAGGACGGAAAUGUGCCCAGUAUUGGUAAUUGGCUACUCGGCGAAUUGCCGAAUGGAAUUCCAAAUGUUGCUAUUUAUUACAAAAUUUAUCGAAUAAAGCCUGAAUGGAAAGACGAAAAUAUGCUAAGACAUUGGCUCUAUGACAUCUAUGAAGAAAAAGAUGAGUUACUGGAAAAGUACUAUCAGAGUGGCGUAUUUCCGAUGGAUUCACAGCAUCAUCCAACCAUUGUACGUACUUCAAUGUCCAGUUGUUUAUUUGUUGAAGCAUUUUGGCUUUUACUCUUUUACCUUCACUAUGUCAUAUGGUUGAAGUCAGUUGGUAGUCUGAUCUACCGAUGUUUUGUUGCUACAUUUGCUUUUCUUGGGAUCUUUUAA